UGUGGAAACAUGGCGGAAGGCACACAAUAUUUUCACUUGGUAGGCGUAUUGAUUAAUUUAUCGUGUGCAAUUAAGGCCCACAAUUUGAUUAGUGGGUUCGGGAGUUGACAUUUUGAGUAAAGGAAGAAGGAGAGACUAGAGAGAGAGAGAGAGCAGAGAGAGAGAGAGAGAGAGAGAGCAGAGGUUCGUCUGGAUCCCGUGCUCUUGCCUCUUGCUGUGUUCGUUAAUCGUUAUCCCAAUUUCAACACUCGCAUUUCUGUGACGCUCACUCAAGAUGGAUGAAGCGGUUUCAGAUAUUUAUCGCUCUUUCAAGGAUAAAUAUGACCUUGCUGUUAACGUGGAUGACAUCUUCCAAGAUCUUCAGCAACAAGCGAAAUAUCUGUUUGCCAAGGAGGUAGAUAUGAGUAGAUUAAUUGCUAGUCACUUAGCUAAGAGGAAGAUGCAUGAAUGUGCUACUUGGCUAGAUGAUGUGAAAAAAAUAAAACAGGAUUUUGAGGAUAUAAGAGAAAGAUACUUGAUUUCACGUGAACAUGGCCAAAGACUUGCUAAUUUACCUAGUAUUGUGAAGCUUGGUGAAGAGAUGAAAAAAAUAACUGAGGCAAUUGUUGUUCUCAAGGACAGGAUGAAACCUGAAAUCAUCUUUUCGAUGGGCAACAGUCUCUCUGUGGUUGAAAAGAAGUUUGUGAAUGAAUUUAAUGACGCGAGUACAUUUCAUGAUGUUGUAGAAAAGUUGUUGGGUUACUUGAAUGAUGAUAGUAUAAAGAGUAUUGGGAUAUGGGGUAUGGCUGGAGUUGGCAAAACAACAAUAAUGGAAAACCUAAAAUACAAGGUUGAAAAGCAUGGUAGGUUUGACAUUGUAAUAUGGGUAACAGUUUCUAAAGGAGGGAGUGUUCGUAAAAUACAACAGACAAUUGCAGACAGGUUAAAACUAAAUGUUGAGAGCAUUUGCAGUGAUUAUCAUCUUCCGUUAAUACUUCGUAAUUCUCUGGAAAAGAAGAAGUAUCUUGUACUUUUAGAUGAAUUGUUUUCAGAAGUUGAUUUACGUGCUGUUGGAAUUCUUCGUAGUCAUGAGCAUGGAAAAAUCGUCUUGGCUACUAGAUACAGACCCUUGUGUGGUUUGAUGGAUAUGGAUGAAGAUAUCAAAGUGGAGAGGAUGAGCAAAGGAGAUGCUUGGAAGCUCUUCCGUAAGGUUGCCGGUGAAGCAGUAGAGCAUCCAAUUAUCAGGCCAUUAGCUGAGAGAGUGCUUAGAGAGUGUGGGGAGCUACCACAGUUGAUUAAAGUGGUGGCAAGGAUGCUUAAAAACAAAUAUAGUGAAGAUAUAUGGCUAAGAAUAUUGUCAAAAUUGCAAUCACCAUCAGAUUAUCAGCUGCAACCCAUGGAAAAGGUGUUGGAUGUUUUCAGACUAGUGUAUGAUAGAUUAAGUGACAACCUGAAACGUUGCUUACUAUACGCAGCAUCGUUUCCUGAAGACCAUGAGAUUUGCCAAGACUAUUUAAUAGAGUGCUGGAAAGCCGAAGAAUUAAUUGCUAAGGCGCACAUGUUUUCAAAGGAACGUCAAGAAGGACGGAACUUAUUGGAAACUCUCAUAGAGAAAUACCUUUUCAACAGGUGUAAGGAGGUGUAUGUGAAAAUGCCUCUCAUAUUCCGAAAAAUGGCACUCAAGAUAGCCAAUGUGGAUAAUAACUGGUUAUUGCUGGUAACACCUGAUGAAAAGCUUGGGUAUCCUCCAGUUGAACAAUGGAGACGUGCACGAGUUAUUUCUCUGAUCUGCAGUAACUUACAGUGUUUACCUGCAAAGCCUGAAUGCUAUAUGCUCUCUACAUUGUUUCUCCAACAAAAUGAAAUGCUGACCAGUAUUCCACCAUCAUUCUUCGAAUUGAUGCCUUGCCUCAGAGUUUUGGACUUAAGUGGUACGGGGAUCACUUCAUUGCCAAAUUCUAUUACCAAUUUAGCCAACUUAAGGGGGCUUUAUCUUAAUUAUUGCCGACAAUUGUCAGCAUUAGCCAAAGAAGUUGCUCAACUCAAAAAUCUCGAAGUACUUGAGAUUUGUCAAACUGGUCUUUGUGGUUUGCCUGCUGAUAUUGGAGAAUUGACACAACUUCAGUGCUUGAAAGUCUCAUUUAUUAGUUGCAUGCAUCAUGAAACACAGGACAUUGAUUUGAUCCCUUCUGAUAUGGUAAAAAAGCUUUCCUUAUUGCAGGAAUUGACAAUUGAUGUUGAUCCUCUUGAUAUAAGGUGGAAUCGAAUAGCGCUUGUGAUUGCUAAAGAGGUAGCAACACUGCCAAUGCUGAAUAGUCUUUCUUUCAACUUCCCUACCUUGAAAUGUUUGGAAGUUUUUAUUGCAAGCAGCAUAUCUUGGAACAGCAGCCGCUUUCCUCUUAUAGAUGACAAAUUGAGAUCCUUCCGGUUAACAAUUGGCGUCCCUGUGAAAAAUCAACUACGUCAGUUAGACAUCUCCAAAUGCUUGGCAAAACGACAUCUUAAAUAUUCUGACGGUAAAGACAUUUCUAAUGCAAUAAAGGACGUGCUUAAACGAGUUUGUGCAUUUGAGAUGGUUGGCCACGAGAGUGUUGAAAAUUUGUCAGAUUUCGGUGUUGAUACCACAGAGUGCCUGGAAAUUUGUGUCAUUGAAGAAUGUGAUAAAAUUGAAAAAAUCGUGGGUGAAGAUGCGCCUAUGGUUGUUCUGUUUCCCUGGUUGAAAGAGCUUCAUUUACUGAAACUUGAGAAAUUCGAAACUAUUUGGGAGGGAUCAAUCUGGCCUGGAAGCUUCGCAAAGUUAAAUACCCUUACACUGUAUGAUUGUUCGUAUGUGAAAAAGCUACUCUCCAUUGAAAUGACUAAACAUCUCAGGGAACUUCAAUACUUAAGAGUUGAGAAAUGUUGUCAGAUUACUGAAAUAAUUGCAGCUGAACGUCCUGAACUUGCCCUCUCUCUGAUGGUGGAUUCAUCUGGUACACUUCCUUCCCUGAAAAAACUGGAACUCAUUGGUUUACCGAAUCUGGUUAACAUCUAUGGUGAUGAUUCAUUUGAGUGGCAUUCUCUUCAAAAGUUGGAAAUCAUUGCGUGUGAAAGGCUGAUAGUUUUACCUUUCAAUGGUACAAAUGCGGUGCGAUUACAAUCCAUCCACUGUGCUGAAGCUUGGUGGGAAGCACUGGUGUUGCAGCAUCAAGUGAAAACUCAGCUACAUGAAAUUUGCUGCUUCUUUUAAGCUUAAAAAGACCAUGGAAAUGUUUUCUAGGUGAUCCAGUUUCAACUUUUCAAAUGUUGUGAUAUCCAAUCAUCCAUUUGCAAAUUGAAUUUUCUUUCAUAAGUGAAUUUUGAUCUAUACAA